UGGGCUCAGUUGAUCCCCUCUACAUGCCUUAUUUGCCGUAAAGAUUGUUACUACUAGUACUAUUAUUAUUAAAAUUAAAAUUUAGAGUAUUAUACUACAAUUUGCUUGACUUGCUUCACUUGUAUUGCAGACCUUGCAGCUUGCUUGAGCCGAGUUGAGCCGAGCCUGUUGAGUCACUUGCCACAGAGCCUUUCUGUCACUUGAAUCAGUUGAGUCUGCUUGAGCCUGUUGAGCCUGUUGAAGGCGUUGAGGUUGGAGGCCUGUGGAUCUCGUUUAAUUGUAUACGUCGUAUUGUUACAAGUCAAAAAUACAUUCAUGUAAAUGCAGUGUUAAAUUAUACGAAAGUUUUUUCAUUAAAUUACGACAAUGAAUACAAAUACAGUUUCAAAGCCUUCAGUUGCAUCAUCCGUGCAAGAAUUCAGUAUUAGGGUACCAAAAAAUAGCAAAAAGAAGCACAAUGUCAUGAGAUUUAAUGCAACGCUGAACGUAGAUUUUUCAAAAUGGACUCAAGUGAAAAUGGAACGGGAGAAUAAUAUGAAGGAGUACAAGGGUAUGGAAGAAGAAAUGCCAAAAUUCGGCGCUGGAUCCGAAUUUGGGCGUGACGCUAGAGAGGAAGCUAGGAGAAAGAAGUAUGGCAUUACCAGUAGAAAAUAUAAACCUGAGGAUCAACCAUGGAUUUUAAAAUCGGGAGGAAAAACUGGAAAGAAGUUUAAAGGCAUUCGCGAAGGUGGAAUUAGUGAAAACGCUGCGUAUUAUGUCUUCACUCAUGCUGCUGACGGUGCCAUAGAAGCCUUUCCCUUACACGAAUGGUAUAACUUUCAGCCGAUUCAGAGGUACAAGGCCCUCAGCGCCGAGGAGGCAGAACAGGAAUUUAGUCGUAGAAAUAAGGUAAUAAAUUAUUUCACACUGAUGUUACGCAAGAGAUUGAGAAAUGACGAGGAUGGUGGAGACGAGGAGGAACUGGUGGAAGGUAGUAAAGGCAAGAGACCGGGUAAGAAGGAGAAAGAAUUGAAAAUAUCAGAGAUGGAUGAAUGGAUGGACAGCGACGAUGAUGAAUCAGGCAGUGAUGAAGAGGAGAAUAAGAAAGGAUCUGAAGAUGAGGACGAUGGAAAAAAGAAAAAGAAAGAUAAAGCUGAAUUGCAAAAGAAGAAAAAGAAGAAAAACGUCUCGGACGAUGAAGCAUUCGAGGAAAGCGAUGAUGGCGACGAGGAGGGAAGGGAAUGCGAUUAUAUUUCCGAUUCCUCUGCUUCUGAAUCAGAAUCAGAACCGCAGAAGGAAGUUAAGUCUGUCGCGGAAGAAGAUGCGUUGAGAAAAUUGCUCGUGUCUGACGAAGACGAAGACGACGAGGAACAACCAGACAAGAAAGAUGGCGAAGAAGAUAAGGAUGAAGAUGAGGAAGGAAAAGAAAAGGAUGAUAAAGAUAAAGAUAAACUUGGCAAAGAAAUGGACAAGAGGAAAGACAAAAAGAAGAAGAAGAAAGCCAAGAAAAAGGAUCAGAAGAAAUCGGCAUCGGGAAAGGAUUCAUCCAGCGAUUUCUCCAGCGACUCAGAAUCUGACUCAGAUACAACGCUUAAAGAGAAGGAUAACAAGAAGCCCAAUAGCGCGCAUAGCUCGAGAUCUGCAACGCCAACACCCGCAGCAUCCGGUGUCUCGGAUUCUCUUAAGAGAAAUCAAUCUGGAUCUCCAGACUUGUCGCAAGCGAAAAAGUUAAAACUCGAUAACUUCAACCUGGUUCCAGUAACGUCAUAUAUACCGGGAGCAAACGAAUCGGGAAUUACGGAGGAUGCGGUGAGGCGGUAUUUAAUGCGCAAGCCUAUGACAACGACCGAGUUACUGCAGAAAUUUAAAUCCAAGAAGACUGGUCUUACAUCCGAGCAGCUUGUCAACAUUAUGACUCAAAUACUGAAAAAGAUAAAUCCCACGAAGCAAACUAUCAAGAACAAAAUGUAUCUAUCAAUCAAAGCGCAAUCCAACUGAUUUCAGUUCGCACAUGCGGCAUUAAGUUGUUUACGAUUGCUUCAAAUUGCACAGUGUUGUUUCAGUUACACAAUGUUGUUUGUAUUAAUUUCACAAAGAGAGAUACCUGUGUAUAAUACAAUAAAAUUGCAAAACACUAGAA